UACUUCGAGUCAGUAGGCUCUCGCCUGUCGUAAGAGAUGGGUGUGUGCGCACGUGUGCUCGCUUUCGUCGUAGCGAUCGCUCUUGUCACCGUACGAGCUCAUAUGGGAUUACCCUCGCAUGAUAAUAUACUGCGUAUUCAGUUAUGGGAUGCGGAAGGACUCACGAGAGAACCUAUAGUAACUGAAGCACCAACAACUGUCAGGCAUAAGAGUAAAGUGGACUUGGCGGCGUUGUAUGAUGCCAUGAUGGGUGAUGAGUAUGAGCAUGGUGUGGGAAGGUAUGCGAGGCAUCGAGUUCGACAUAAGAGACGCAGAGCCAGGCAGAGCGGGAUGGAGUUGCCGUGGAGGUUCCAUUCAGGCUCCAAAGUGGUGAACGUGGCGGUGUAUGACGAGGAGGUACCCUGGGAGGUAAUUGAGGGCCGGGCUUCGGGGAGUAUCAACGCGAGUGCAGUGAGUGAUACAAGUGGAAGUUUACCUGUGGAUCAGCAGCGGGAAGUGUCACCGCCGGUCGCACUUCGACAGGACGAUGAGUAUGAAGAGAAGAAGGGGUUACCAGUGGUGCCGAAGUGCUGCGCCAGCGGUCAAAACCUCAGCGUCACCUUUGAGAACGGCAAGGCGCGGACUGUCUGCGCUCGGUCCAGCCUCACCUUCCAGCCGCUCUUCCACCGAGCCAACGAGACGCACAUCUGGAGCUACGACACGAACGUGUUUGAGACCAUCGUGGGAAACCCUUGCGCUUAUGACAGGUACAAAUUGGAGCCGGAUAAAGUCAGUGAAGACGAGUUUUAUCUUCUAUUCAAUGGCUCUCUAUUCAUGCCGUUCAGUAAACCACCGCUAUUGGGAACGAGAAACUUUUGUAUGGAGACAUUUUGGAAUGCUUCCAACCCAGCCGGAGUGACUUUACCUCUGGUUUGCUUUUCAACUCCCUUAGAAGAGGCUGGGACGUCACCAACCCUUAUCGCUUACGCUAUAGGUUAGUUUAAUAAUAUCUGUGCCGUUUCUGUUGGCGACAGCAGCGAUUUAUUUAUUAAUUACUGAAUUACGGGACACUCACGGAAAAGCUUUAGCUUGUCACUCAAUAUGCUUAGCAACGGCAUUUUCUUGUCUAGCAGCGAC